AUGGUUUCAUACACUCCUGCAUUUUUUCUAAAAACUCGCUGUUCACCCUUCUGCAUUUCCCGUUACUUACUUGCAACCGGAAGUGACUUGGUCCGUACCUGCCCCAUGUGUCGACAACCGUCCCUUUUUGUGCCUCUUAGAAUGGGCUUGGAACCCGCAUUCUAUGUCGAUCGAAGAUUCCCAACACAUUGUUUCAAUCCUUGCGGUCAUAUGGCCUCGGAGAAAACGUGUCUGUAA